ACAAGGGAGUUGCAACGAAAGAUGUACUCUACUAGUCAAGUGACGAGGCUAUUCUAUAGGAUACAGUAUCUUCCUAAUCGACAACAUGCUGGGAAAAUAAAACGUCAGACGUAUAAUUCAUUUUCGGAACGUGUAUUGAACGAGGAUGCUGAUGUUUUGACUUUCUCGGAGAUCUACCAACGAAGACGUAUAAAGAGGGUAUUCACGGAGCGGCGUAAAUCGCACUUAGGUAUCACUGCAAUGGAGAUUUGUUCGAUGGGAAUAGAAAUACCAUUGGGCUUAUUGAACAAGCAUCUUAUGGAGGUAAUGGAAGUUCAUAUUAGCGGAAAGUAGGAAAGGGAGUAACUUGGAGAGAUGGGUGUAAGUACUGUAACUAUGUAUGUAUGAUAAUGAAGACACUAAUUCUAUAUCGAAUUCUUUUCUUUUGCGAGAAUAUACGUAGGUAGAUGCUAGGUACACUACCAAGGUCGAUGAUGCGCAAAUAAAUGGCAUUCGACUUUUGACCAAUGUGCCAGCUCCUCACCGGGAGCGGUGGCCGCGGGGUUGAUGACUAAUCAUUCGCGAUUGAAAAGUUCUGGGUUUGUAGAUUGCUGGGACCAACACUUCAGUCCAGACCGGACCAUUCUGCGCAAAACUUAAGUAUACCGGGCACUUUACCCGCAACUUUUUUUGAAUGAGAGAUGCAAUGGCUUUGUUACCACUGAAAUGCCAUCCGCCUUGCCUGUGCCUUCUAAAGGUGCAUUGCGAGCACUUCGCAACAUCGCCCUUGGAACAUCUUGCACUGUCGCAUUCAGUGCUGGUAUGCUAACAGAGGACCGUCGACGACGAAUACACGGAGCGAAACUGGUACACGACAAUGCCAAGAAACUUAAGGCCUCAAGGCAUUACCACGAAUCGAGUGCACAUUUGGCAGAAACGUUUGAGGAACAGGUUUUGAGAUUUAAGGAUGAUGGGUUUUGGCAGGCUGGCAGUACCGCUUCGAGCAAUGCCCAAAGUUCCGAGGUAGUUGUGGUCAGGGAUAAAACAGCCGGCGAGACUACAGAGCCGGUAGCUUCAAUACCACCUUCAAUUCCGUUUAAGCCGCCACGAAUCGAGAGAUUGCCCUCCCCGAAAAAACAUGAUCCUACAAAAAAGCCUGAAUAUAUUGAUGAGGAUCGUCAGCAGCGCCUGGCAAAUGACAUACAGCAGAUUCUUGGAGAUGGGAAGGACCCGAAUGCCAUAUGUUCCGCAUUGCGCCGAUUCUCAGAGGCAUUUGAGGAAGGCUUGGAAAUAGGAUCUAGUAGCAUGCAAACAUGCCUCUUAGAAGCAGCGAUUGUACUAUCUACUGCUUGUCGGACAAACUCUAUGGUGGACAAUAUGGAGAGAAUUCUUGACAUCGUUCUAAAAUCUAGUACGCUUUCCGAAUCUGACUUCAAGCGAUUCGAGCCACAUAUCGUCAUUGAAUCCCUGUUAAAGAGUCCGAAUGAUGAGGCUAGCCUCGAUAUCUAUCUUUCUAAGCUGCGAAGGGCUUCUACUUUGUGCCUUACGGAGUUCAAGGAGAAGCCAGGCCCACUUUCGAACAAAAUGAGACCAGUCCUAGUAGAAACUUGCAAUUUGACCUGCCGUUUCGACAUGUUUGAUUUGACCAAGCAACUAUUCUGGCGAAUCGAGGCUACCCGUGGCAAAACAUCUAAUCAGGCUAUCGGAUCGUUUAUAAUCGCCGAAAUACAGACCAAACAAUUCCGUGGUGCUGUCUCUCAAUUCUUGAGAUAUUUCCUCAAGUCAGCACCAAGCCAAGAAGAACUCUACCGUGUUACAGAUGCUUUAUUCGAGAGAGCGCUUGAACUGAAGCAUUUUGCCAGAGCUGAACGGAUCUUGAUUGAGGCGACGAAAUUGAUCAAAAGCGACAAUUUCAUAAGGUCGAACAACUGGUUUCAAAAACUGCUCGGCACUGAAUGGCGCGGAAAAAGGAAUAUUCGUGAGACUCAAGAGAGGUUCGAUCGCCUCAAGACAGUUAUACCGACUCUUUGCCGCCCACAAGCUGCAUAUGCCGUCAUCAUCCAGUUAUGUGUAGAAGCAGGAGAUUUUGGAGCCGCUGGCAAAUACCACGAACAACUAUUUCAAAUAAGCGGUCCAUGUGAAGACGACAUUCUCAUUCGUGGUCAAAUCGCCCGUGGCAAAGCGAUGUGUGAGGAGUGGGACGAUGUGGAGGCCAAUUUCGCUGAAAUGGCGAAACUUAACCCUAGAAACAAAGUCUAUGGCGAUAUCUUUCCACCAAUACUUAAAUUGUAUGCCAAAUCACAUUCCGUGGCUCAGACAGAGGAAUUUCUCCGCUGUUUCCUUGAAAAAUAUCAAGUACCUUUGACCCCUUAUGCUUCCAACAUCAUGAUCGGCGAAUAUGCAAAAGCCAAAGAACUUCGUUCUAUUCUUCGUUGGAUAGAAUACGCAACCUCUGUUUCUACAUGUUUUGACGCUGAUUCGUUCAAUAAUAUCCUGAGCCAGCUUUAUAAGACGUGGGAUUUCAAUUUCGAGCAAGUAUAUCAAGUACACCGUGCGAUGUUGGGAUCUUCUGUGGAUUACACAAAUGAUUUCACCUUAGCGCAUCUGCGUCAACUUGCUCUUAAAGAUUCGAAAGGGAGCCAAGAAGUCGCUGCUAAGAAAUUAAGGGUUAUCCCGAAAGGGACUAGAUCUAUAGUGGAUAAUAACUACCCUCGCCGGCAAAUAUUUGAAGAGAUGGGAAAGGGUAGUUUCGAAAAGGUCGUAGACAUAUAUAAAGCUGCUUGCAAACAGGGUGUAUACAUCCAUGGCUCGGUUUUAAGUGCCACAGUAAGAGCGUUGUUGCAUUUGAACAACGGCGAUUCUCACAUGGCUAUUGAGCUACUCAGAGAUGCUAAACGGAAAGGCUACGCUUUGGACGACGCCCUUAUUACGCUUCUUACUCAUCGGCUGCCAAAAUUUAUGGAGUCUGCUGGAAGCAGUCGUCUAAUCAUGUUCUUAACAUCUGCCAGAGAAGCGAUUGCCAAGGCAGAAGAGCAUGGGCUUACUAUCACAGAAAAUGUGUUCAAUGAGGUCACCAAUAUCCUUGUCCAGAAUGCAUUUUUUCGAGACGCAAUUGUCUUUUGGACAGAAGCCUCCCGGACUCAUAGCGCAACAGUUCGACCUAAUGUGGUCAGCCUUACCAUCCUUCUCAAGGCUUAUAUUGCCAUCAAAGAACCCAGUGGCAUCAUCUGGAUUACGAAGAUGUUAUCUGUUCAUCAAAUCGUCCCGGAUGGGCGUAUGAGAAGCAUACUGAAAAACACCCGACAGAUAAUGCGGAAAAGGAAGCUAAAUCCUAGACAGCAUGAAUUUCUUCAGGCUGUAGAUGAAGCUUUUGUGAUUUUUGCGAUGAUGCGAGAAAAUGAUUACAGAGAGAAAAAGGAUGCUAAAAGCAAAACUCUUGAAAUCAUGGAGAGAGCUGUUGCUCUUGAUACACAGAAACCACCCCCGGAAGAAGAAGUCAAUAAUUGGGACGACUUUGGGGAGGAAAGUUUAGACUUGAAUGAACGAGAUCAAUCUCUUCAAGGACCAGUAACCAGAGAUUCGUUUUGAGGACCCGGAAAGGAGUUUGUACAUAUAUAUGUGUAGAUAUUAUUAAGUAUAUGGAGUAUAUAGAUUUAGAAUAAGAGAAGCAAUUCUGCUCCCUUUGUUAAGGAUAAAUAAAUGGAUGUUUUGUCCCCUCGCAUGCCCCACGCACAUGAUGACAGCUCUUGGCGCUUAGA